UAAAGUAAACGACAAUGGCUUUUCAUAGUUCUAAGAGUUUAGUGUUUUGUUUAGUUGCAUGUUGGCUGUGUAUCGUUGAUAUUCAAUGUUCUGCUGCUGAGGAUAACUGUGAGACUAUUCCAACGGAAAUACAUGUAACCAAAGAGGAGUUUGACGAAAUGGGAAGGUUACUAAGAUCAUGCACAGGAGAAGUUUCGGUUAAUAAGUGUGAAGGAAUGUGCAAUAGCCAAGUUCAGCCUUCUGUAACAACAUCAACUGGAUUUUUGAAGGAAUGCUUUUGCUGUCGAGAAAAUUACUUACGCGAACGCAUGGUCACGCUAAACCACUGCUACGAUCCUGACGGUAUUCGUCUUGAAGACGAAGACCGAGCUAUCAUGGAAAUUAGACUACGAGAACCUGCAGAAUGCAAAUGCUACAAAUGUGGAGACUUCAGUCGAUAGUAAACAGUACUUUGACAAAACUAUUUUUAUAAACACGGAAUAAUUAAUGUACAAAAAUAUUUAAAUUUUACAUAUAAAUGGUCAAGAGUCUUUUAAUGUAAGCGUGUUACUUAAUUGUAUUACUCUGAGGGUAAA